AUGAGAGCGAAAUCCCUUGCCCUCUUCCAUAAACCGACUCAGCCUGGAGGCGGUAUCGACCCUAGGCAACCUCAACCUCAACCUCUGCAGCAAACUUUCUCUACUGGAAUCGUUCUCCGGGAUUUCAAAUUGGUUGUAAAUCAUGUCAGACAAAAUGAAGGCUGCAGCUUUAUCAGCCACGAAAGGGCUAAGCCGUGUACAAGCAGAAUGUGCAGCAGCAAACGCGACACGUAAUGUAAAUGCAUACGGACAAAAAGAAGAAGGGCCAAGCAGAUGGCAAGAAAAGAAAGAACUAAAGACACAAAUGUAUCUAAAAAGCACAGAAAAGCAAGCGACUUUGAACCAAAAGAAAUGUCAAAAGUGUCAACAAAUCGGACACUGGACGUACGAGUGUCAGAAACCGGAAAAGACCAAAUUGGACAUCAAAGCGCUGAUGUCACAUGAUUUGGAUAAAACGGAAAUCAAGAAUAAUGAGAAUAAGAAGAAGAAGGAGAAGGGUAGUAAAGGAAGAAAAAAGAAAAGAAAGGAAACGCGUAGUUCAAGUUCAAGUGAUUCGGAUUCGGAUAAUGAAGAUGAUAGAAGGAGGAAGAGAAAAAGACAUAGUCGAAGGUGAUUUGAGAAGACUUUUGUUAUGUACUUAGAGAAAAUGAAAAUGUUAUGUUAGAUGGGUUUAGUUUGUGAUGAAUGAAAUUUAAGAGUUGAUAUCA